AUGUUUUCUGUACCUCCUAUCGAAACCGUUUAUGCCUGGCGUCAAAGUGAUUUAAUGAAAUUUAUUCAACGCGUCGAGCGCCUCCACCCCGAAGAUAGAAACUUUCAUAUAAUUGAGUCGCUCAACUUGACUCCCGUCCGUCUUCUUAAGUUGACCGAAGAUAGAAUUGAUGCCUUAGUUACCGAACGUCAUAUCCAAACAACCCAAGGUGACAUUAUUGAAAGUGCUCGUGACGAACUUGCAA